AAAAAAAAAAAGUUGUGUACAUGAGAACAGCUCAGCUCAACACCUCUCCCUCUCAAUGAAAUGACCUCCCUGUUCUCUUUCUUCUCUCAUUAGCCUUUUGGGCUCUCUGUUUCUAGGGACAUUCCUCCUCGACACACUGCUUCUGUCUUCUCCUUCCUCGUUACUCAUCUUCUCCUUAUAUAUUCACCGUUCACACAAGAAACAGAGAGACUCCAUUUAUUUAAGGCAAGACUCAAAGAAAAAGAUAUAAUGAACACACCAAUUAACACAAAAAUGGUGGUCUCUCACCUGCCUUCUGGUUUUCUCCUAAUUUUAUCUCUAUUUGCUGUUCUUGUUUCUGGGUCUCGAAGAACUUUACCUAUUAUACCAUUUGAUGAAGGAUACACCCAGCUUUUUGGGGAUGAUAAUCUGGUCAUUCACAAAGAUGGCAAGAAAGUCCAUUUAUCGCUAGAUGAAAGAACAGGGUCUGGAUUCGUUUCUCAGGACCUAUACUUACAUGGCUACUUCAGUGCUUCUAUCAAGUUGCCUGCAGAUUAUACUGCUGGAGUUGUGGUUGCUUUUUAUAUGUCAAAUGGAGAUAUGUUCGAGAAGAACCAUGAUGAGAUUGACUUUGAGUUCUUGGGUAACAUAAGAGGCAAAGACUGGAGGAUACAGACAAAUAUUUAUGGUAAUGGUAGCACCAACGUUGGCAGAGAAGAAAGAUACAGCCUCUGGUUUGAUCCCUCUGAUGAUUUCCAUCAGUACAGCAUUCUCUGGACUGAUUCCCAGAUCAUAUUUUAUGUGGACAAUGUUCCUAUUAGGGAGGUGAAAAGAACAGUAUCUAUGGGGGGUGAUUUCCCUUCAAAGUCAAUGUCUUUGUAUGCAACGAUAUGGGAUGGGUCUGACUGGGCUACCAAUGGAGGCAAAUAUAGAGUAAAUUACAAAUAUGCACCUUAUGUCACAGAAUUCAGCGACUUUGUGCUACAUGGAUGUGCUGUUGAUCCAAUCGAACAGAUAUCAAAAUGCGAUAUGGCACAGAGUUCGCAAGCAAUCCCUACUGGUGUUAACCCCUUGCAAAGAAUUAAAAUGGACAAUUUUAGGACAAAGUAUAUGACAUAUUCCUAUUGCUAUGAUAAAGCUCGAUACAAGGUUCCUCCGUCCGAGUGUGUGAUUAAUCGCCAAGAAGCUGAACGGCUCAAAUCAUUUGAUCCAGUUACAUUUGGUGGAGGCCGGCGCCACCGCGGGAAACACCAUCGUCGGAGCCGAUCAAGCCAUGCUGAGGCCAUUUCCAUUUAAGGAAGGUUGCAACACUUGCAUCAUCAUUAUUAUCUUGUUAUAAAUUAUGUUGGGAUCAGUUAUUUUUUGUGAAUAGAGAGAAAGCUGAUAGAUUUUUACUGAGGGAUGGUAGGUAUGGUUGAUGAUGGGGUGGGUGGGUGGGGAGGGUUUGGAUGUCUGUGUAUAGCUUCAUACAUUUAGUUUUCCAGUUGUUUGUUUUUGUCAUUGAUGUUGUCUCUGUGGCUUUACAAAUUGAAUUUGGUGAUGAUUUUCUGAACUUUUGAGGCACUCUCAUGGUUUCAAUAAAUAAAUGCUGGCAUAUGAUGGAGUUUCUACUCUUUA